GGUAAUCGGUUGUCUCAUUAUAUCGUUUUCAUCUGAGUCAAGCUAUCUGCGUGUCACUGCUGUAUCGACAACCGCUGGCGAGGUCAAACUAUGGAACCCGGACCCUCCGGCGGGUCCUCACCGACGAGGAAGAGAAACGGCAUGAGAGCUCGGACGAGAAUAGACUCACUGGACCAUGAUAUCCUCCAUAUCAUCUUCUCCUUCCUGAAUAUCUUCGACCUCGUUCGCUGCACCGUCGUUUGCAAAUCCUGGAAUGCAGUGCUCAAUAGAUCUAAGUUAUUGCAUUACAAGAUGUGGCAGAAUUAUUCAGAAUUUUUUAAUGAUUCUAAUUCUUCACGACGAGAAUUGAAUUUGAGUCUAGAAGAGCUAGCUAAGAUGCAUCAUAGCUUAUCUUUGCGAGAAGGUCGUAUUGAUAUUGAUCAGUGGAGAGGUCAUUCAGUUCGUGACUGGUUUCUAGCCUUUCCCUUUGUUAGGAUUGAUCAGUGCCGAAUGAAGAUGGGCUUGCUUCUUACUGGUGUUGGUGAUAAGGUUAUGCGUCUCUGGUCCUUAGACAGAUACAAAUGUGUGGAAGAAUAUUCCGUUCCUGAUAAUGUUUCUCUUGUUGACUUUGAUUUUGAUGAGAGCAAGAUUGUUGGUUUAGUUGGUACUCGUAUAAGCAUAUGGAGGCGCAAUGGGAAAAGAAGUAUAUUUCCCUCUCAAGAAGGGACGUUCUCAAGGGGUUUAUGUAUGCGUUACAUUGAUCCAGAGGCUGUGGUUGGAUGUGAAGAUGGGACUGCUCGGGUAUUUGAUAUGUACAGUCGCAAAUGUUCUAGAAUCAUUAGGAUGCAUGGUGCACCUGUGACAUGCUUAUGUCUUAGUGAUGAUCAGUUGAUUCUUAGUGGGUCUUCUCUUGGUAGUAUUACAAUAUCUGGUCUUUUGUCUAAUCAGCAGGUAGCUACAUUGAAGUCAACUGAUUGUACAGGCAUAAAGGCACUGUGCUUCAACCCCUGUUCUCAUUUAGUGUUUGCAGGAACAACAGCUGGGUACGGCUACUGCUGGGAUCUUAGGACCAUGAGAUCAUUGUGGCAGACACGAAUAAGUCCAAAUGUUAUUUACUCUAUGCAGCAUAUGCAAAAUGACACGUCAACCUUAGUUGUUGGUGGAAUUGAUGGUGUGCUUCGUGUCUUGGAUCAGAACAAUGGAGAUAUCCUUUCAAGGUGUGUAAUUGACUACAGCAAACCCGCACACUCCUCCGCAAGUAUACAUGGGGUCAUUGAAAGGAGGAAAGGAGGAAGAAUCAGCGAAAACACUCAUAUUGACAAGAUCCCCAAAAGUGCUCGACCAGCCAUCUCAUGCUUGGCUGUUGGAAUGGAAAAAGUUGUCACCACACACAAUAGCAAGUAUAUCAGAUUGUGGAAAUUCAACAAGUAACUGAGAAGGCUCUGUUUCGCUCAUUAUGGUUUUCAUCGGCGUAGAUGCUUGUACUCUUCGUUAAUGUUUAAAAGAAAAAAAAAUACUGCUAAUGAAACCUUGGCUUCGAG